AUGGCUCCUUUUCUUCGGCUCUUACUCGGCGUGUCUUGCUGUCUUGUCACCAUCGUCUCGGCAAUCUCGGACGUUAGUUCUGACACUCAGACUAGCUGUGCGGGCUACCGAGUUGUCAAUGCUCAUGACUCCGGCUCAAUUCUCAGCUUAGACUUGCAGCUUGCUGGUCCACCGUGCGGGAAGCAUGGCGAGGAUUCUGAAAAUCUUAGUCUCCGCGUGGAGUAUCAAACCGAAAAUCGUCUCCAUGUCAUGAUACAUGAUUCCGAAAAGGACAGGUACCAAGUUCCAGACUCAGUCCUUCCACGUCCAGGUUCGAGACCUGGCUACAACAAUACCAACUCCGCGCUGCGGUUCUCAUACAACAGCGACCCGUUUUCGUUUGCCAUUAAAAGAAAGGCCAGUCGUGAAGUUCUCUUUAAUACCGAUGGAUAUGAUCUUAUCUUUCAGCGCAAGUACAUCCGUCUCCAAACGUCACUUCCCAAUAAUCCGUAUUUGUACGGACUUGGCGAGCAUAGUGAUUCAUUCCGUUUGAAUACAACAAAAUACUCAAGGACAUUGUGGAAUCGAGAUGCGUUCGGCUUACCUAGCGGUACCAAUCUAUAUGGCUCCCACCCUGUGUAUUUUGAGCAUAGGGCCAAUAGUGGAACCCAUGGCGUUUUCUUGCUUAAUUCGAACGGAAUGGAUAUAAACAUUGAUAAGACGGAAGACGGAAAGCAGUACCUGCAGUAUAACGUCAUUGGUGGUAUAAUUGAUCUCUACUUUCUGGCCGGUUCCUCUCCAGAGAAGGUAGCGUCGCAGUAUGGCGAGGUCGUUGGUAUGCCUGCAAUGAUGCCAUACUGGGCGUUAGGUUUCCAUCAAUGUCGUUAUGGGUAUAGAGAUGCCUUCGAGGUCGCUGAAGUUGUUUAUAACUACAGCCAGGCAAGGAUUCCACUAGAGACAAUGUGGACCGAUAUUGACUAUAUGGACCGGCGGAGAGUGUUCACACUUGACCCUGAAAGAUUCUCGCUGAAAAAAAUGCGUGUGUUAGUAAAUCAUCUCCACGAAAGCAACCAACGAUACAUCGUUAUGGUGGACCCAGCAAUCAGCUAUUCCGAUAAUGGUGCCUUUAAGAGGGGCUCAGACAAAGAUAUAUUUCUAAAAUCAAGUAAUGGGACUAUCUACAAAGGGGUCGUAUGGCCUGGCGUAGCCGCCUAUCCAGACUGGUUCCAUCCUCGCUCCCAAAAGUACUGGAAUGGCGAAAUUGAUCUAUUUUUUGACGCUGAUAUUGGAGUCAAUGUUGAUGGCCUAUGGAUUGAUAUGAACGAAGCUGCCAAUUUCUGCGAUUGGCCCUGCGAUGACCCAGAAGGCUGGGCUAGAAGGAAUAACAUCCCUCCCGAGCCACCUGAAGUUCGGCCCAAUCCCAGGCCGCUUCCUAGUUUCCCACCAGUAUUUCAACCGCCGCCUUCAGUGCCUGUUGCGUCUAAGAAUCAAAAAAGGCCGAGCCCUUCCGUUCUUCGCUCCUUCGGUUCAGAAUAUGAAAUUUACAAUGCAGCUGGAGCCUUAAGCAACAAAACUAUAUCUACCGAUGUGAUCCAUGCAAACGGAGUGACGGAGUACGAUGCGCAUAAUCUUUAUGGAACUAUGAUGAGCACCGCCACUCGUAGGGCGCUCCUUCAUCGACAGCCAACAAAACGACCAUUCAUUGUCACCAGAAGCACGUUUGCUGGAGCUGGAGCGCACGUUGCCCAUUGGUUUGGCGACAAUCUAAGUACCUGGGAUCAUUAUCGUUUAUCGAUUGCUCAGAUGCUUGCAUUUGCAUCAAUAUUUCAAAUGCCUAUGGUCGGUUCCGAUAUUUGCGGGUUUGCAGGAACCGCAAGUGAGCAACUGUGUGCUAGGUGGGCAAUGCUUGGCGCCUUUAAUCCUUUUUUUCGAAAUCACAACGAUAUCUCGAGCCCUGGCCAGGAGUUUUAUCUUUGGGACUCUGUCGCUGAAGCAGCACGAAAGGCUAUCGAUAUCAGAUAUAAGCUCCUCGAUUAUUUAUAUACUGCCCUUCAUCGCCAGAGUGAGACAGGAAAGCCAGUCCUCAACCCUCUUUUCUAUCUGUAUCCCAAGGAUGAAAAAACAUUCUCUAUCGAUUUACAAUUUUUCUAUGGCGACGCCAUUCUUGUCAGCCCAGUAACGAAGGAAAACUCCACGAGCGUCGACAUAUACCUCCCCGAUGACAUAUUCUAUGAUUAUUAUACUGGAGCCCUCGUUCGCGGCGAAGGCGAAUACUUAAAGCUCUCCAACAUUUCUACUUCUUCCAUACCUCUACAUAUUCGUGGUGGAACUAUCAUUCCUAUGCGCUCGAAGAGUGCGAAUACGACAACUGAUCUGAGAAAACAGCCGUUUGAACUCUUCAUCGCACCAGGUAAGGAUGGAAAUGCCUUUGGAAACCUAUAUAUCGACGACGGCGACUCCCUAUUCCAAAAAGGCAUUCUUGAUAUCGAUUUUGAGUACAGAGAUGGCCUACUGAAGAUGAAUGGCAAGUUCAACUUUGAACUUGAUGCAGCUGUGAAAAUUGAUACCAUUACGGUGCUGGGGCUGAGCCCGCCAUCAAACGUGCUAACGCCUGAUGGAGAUCAAGACUCAAAAAAGCUGGUUUUGAAAGUGGAUAUACCACUAACACAAUCCAGAAGCGUUUCGAUAGGAUCUGGGAGUGUUACGUAUAUUUCAACAUAA